AUGGCGGACCGGGACUUUGAGAAGCAACAGGAGGCUGUUGCUGGUGGCAGCCCCGUUGUUAAUGAAAAGAACACCACCGCCACCGACACCGUCCCCGCCCCGCGAUCUUCAUCUUCAACUUCUACCGCCGCGGAUGCUGAGCAGGAAAGAGAAAAUGCCCGCGCCAACAACCCCGAAGGCUUCUCCGCCAUUCACACCGGUGUCUCAAUUCACAAUGCCGAGCACGAAUUCGCUGAGCUGCAGCGCGAGCUGUCUGGAGUGUCGCGCGCAAGCAGAGUGAACAGUCGCAGCAGCCGCAGAAAGUCCGAGGACGUCGAAAAGGCUGUCGCAAACGUCAACUCGGCAUCGCCGUCUUCGGACACUGACGGCGAGCAGUUCGACCUCGAGGCCGUCCUCCGUGGUGGCGUCGAGGCCGAGCGCCAGGCCGGUAUUAGACCCAAGCACAUCGGUGCUUACUGGGACGGCCUCACCGUCACUGGAAUCGGCGGCACUACCAACUACGUUCAGACUUUCCCCGACGCCUUCAUCAACUUUGUCGACUAUGUCACUCCCGUCAUGAACCUGCUGGGUCUGAACAAGAAGGGUGUUGAGGCGACCCUCCUGGACCACUUCAAGGGUGUGUGCAAGCCCGGUGAGAUGGUUCUGGUUCUGGGUAAGCCCGGCUCCGGCUGCACCACUUUCCUCAAGACCAUCGCCAACCAGCGCGCCGGCUUCACCAGCGUCACCGGUGAGGUUCUGUACGGCAACUUUACCGCAGAGGAGUUCCAGCAGUACCGUGGUGAGGCUGUGUACAACCAGGAGGACGACAUCCACCACUCCACCCUCACCGUGGAGCAGACUCUGGGUUUCGCCCUCGACACCAAGGUCCCUGCCAAGCGCCCUGCUGGCAUGUCCAAGAAGGAUUUCAAGGAGCAGGUCAUCAGCACUCUCCUGAAAAUGUUCAACAUCGAGCACACCCGCCACACCGUCGUCGGUGACGCCUUCGUGCGCGGUGUGUCCGGUGGUGAGAGAAAGCGUGUGUCGAUCGCAGAAAUGAUGAUCACCAACGCCUGCGUCCUCUCUUGGGAUAACAGUACCCGUGGUCUCGACGCCAGUACCGCACUCGACUUCGUCAAGUCGCUUCGCGUCCAGACGAACCUGUACCAGACCACCACCUUUGUCUCCCUGUACCAGGCCUCGGAGAACAUCUACAACCUCUUUGACAAGGUCAUGGUCAUCGACGCCGGAAAGCAGGUCUACUUCGGCCCCGCUAAGGAGGCCCGCGCCUACUUCGAGGGUCUCGGUUUCGCUCCCCGCCCCAGACAGACGACCCCCGACUACGUCACCGGUUGUACCGAUGAGUUCGAGCGUGAGUACGCCCCCGGCCGCUCCAUCGAGAACGCCCCUCACAGCCCCGAGACCCUCGCCGAGGCCUUCAAGACCUCCAAGCUGCAGAAGCAGCUGGACAGCGAGAUGGAGGAGUACAAGGCCCGUCUCGCCCAGGAAACCGAGAAGCACGAGGAUUUCCAGGUCGCCGUCCGCGAGGCCAAGCGCGGCUCUUCCAAGCGCUCCGUCUACGCCGUCGGCUUCCACCUGCAGGUCUGGGCGCUGAUGAAGCGUCAGUUCGUCCUCAAGCUGCAGGACCGUCUCGCCCUGUUCCUCUCCUGGCUCCGCUCCAUCGUCAUCGCCAUCGUCCUCGGUACUCUGUUCUUCCGCCUCGGUUCCACUUCCGCCAGCGCCUUCAGCAAGGGUGGUCUCAUGUUCAUCUCGCUCCUAUUCAACGCCUUCCAAGCCUUCUCCGAGCUCGCUGGUACGAUGACCGGUCGUGCAAUUGUGAAUAAGCACAAAGCGUACGCCUUCCAUCGACCGUCAGCACUUUGGAUAGCGCAGAUUAUCGUCGAUCAGGCCUUUGCCGCAACUCAGAUUCUGGUGUUCUCGAUCAUUGUGUACUUCAUGUCCGGUCUCGUCCGUGAGGCUGGCGCGUUUUUCACGUUCUACCUGAUGAUUCUGUCCGGAAACAUUGCCAUGACUCUGUUCUUCCGUAUCAUUGGUUGCGUCAGUCCCGACUUCGAUUAUGCCAUCAAGUUUGCCGUCGUCCUCAUCACCUUCUUCGUCGUCACCUCCGGUUAUCUCAUCCAGUACCAGUCCGAGCACAAGUGGCUCCGCUGGAUCUACUGGAUCAACGCCCUUGGUCUCGCCUUUAGCGCCAUGAUGGAGAACGAGUUCAGCCGUCUCAAACUGACAUGUUCGGGCACGUCUUUGAUCCCGUCAGGUCCCGGCUACGGCGACAUCAACCACCAGGUCUGCACCCUUGCCGGCUCCGUCCCGGGUACCACCCUCGUCGACGGUUCCGACUACAUCGCUGCCGGUUUCUCCUACAACAAGGGCGAUCUCUGGCGCAACUGGGGUAUCAUCGUCGCUCUCAUCGUCUUCUUCCUCUUCCUGAACGUCACCCUCGGUGAGCUGAUGAACUUUGCCGGCGGCGGUAGCUCGGCCAAGGUCUACCAGAAGCCCAACGCGGAGCGCAAGAAGCUUAACGAGGCACUCAUGGAGAAGAAGGCCGCCAAGCGCCGCGGCGACAAGACCGACCAGGGCUCCGACCUCAAGAUCAACUCCGUCAGCGUGCUUACCUGGGAGAACCUCAACUACGAUGUCCCCGUCCCCGGCGGUACUCGCCGUCUCUUGAACAACGUCUUUGGUUACGUCAAGCCCGGCCAGCUCACCGCUCUCAUGGGUGCCUCCGGCGCCGGUAAGACCACCCUCCUCGACGUCCUGGCCUCCCGCAAGAACAUUGGUGUCAUCCACGGUGACGUCCUCGUCGACGGUCUCAAGCCCGGUAAGCAGUUCCAGCGCAGUACCUCGUACGCCGAGCAGCUCGAUCUCCACGACCCGACCCAGACCGUCCGUGAGGCCCUCCGCUUCUCCGCCCUCCUCCGCCAGCCCUACGAGACUCCCGAAGCCGAGCGUUUCAGCUACGUUGAGGAAAUCAUCGCGCUGCUUGAGAUGGAGCACAUUGCAGACUGCAUCAUCGGCACUCCCGAAUUUGGUCUUACCGUCGAACAGCGCAAGCGUGUCACCAUUGGUGUCGAGCUCGCCGCCAAACCCGAACUCCUCCUCUUCCUCGACGAGCCCACCUCCGGUCUCGACAGCCAGAGCGCCUUCAACAUUGUGCGUUUCCUUAAGAAGCUCGCCGCCGCUGGCCAGGCCAUUCUCUGCACGAUCCACCAGCCGAACGCCGCCCUCUUUGAGAACUUUGACCGUCUUCUGCUGCUCCAGCGCGGCGGCCGCACCGUCUACUUUGGCGACAUUGGCCAGGACGCCGUCGUCCUCCGCGACUACCUCAAGCGCCACGGCGCCAUCCCCAAGCCCACCGACAACGUCGCCGAGUACAUGCUCGAGGCCAUCGGCGCCGGUUCCACCCCGCGCGUGGGCAACCGCGACUGGGCCGACAUCUGGGACGACUCGUCGGAGCUCGCCAACGUCAAGGACACCAUCUCCCGACUUAAAGAGGAGCGCCUCGCCGCGGGCCGCACCGUCAACCACGACCUCGAGAAGGAGUACGCCUCGCCGCAGAUGCACCAGCUCAAGGUCGUCGUCUCGCGCAUGAACCUCUCCUUCUGGCGCAGCCCCAACUACCUCUUCACCCGCCUCUUCAACCACGUCAUCGUCGCCCUCAUCACCGGCCUCACCUACCUCAACCUCGACGACAGCCGCAGCUCGCUGCAGUACAAGGUCUUCGUCAUGUUCCAGGUCACCGUCCUGCCGGCCCUCAUCAUCAGCCAGGUCGAGGUCAUGUACCACAUCAAGCGCGCCCUCUUCUUCCGCGAGUCCAGCUCAAAGAUGUACAACCCGCUGACCUUCGCCGCCGCCAUCACCAUCGCCGAGCUGCCCUACUCCAUCCUGUGCUCCGUCGCCUUCUUCCUGCCGCUGUACUUCAUGCCGGGCUUCCAGGCCGACCCUUCGCGGGCUGGAUACCAGUUCUUCAUGAUCCUUGUGACCGAGCUCUUCUCCGUCUCCCUCGGCCAGGCCCUCGCCUCCCUCACGCCGAGCCCCUUCAUCUCCUCCCAGUUCGACCCCUUCAUCAUGAUCACCUUCUCCCUCUUCUGCGGCGUCACCAUCCCCGCCCCGCAGAUGCCCGCCUUCUGGCGCGCCUGGCUCUACCAGCUCGACCCCUUCACCCGCCUCAUCGGCGGCAUGGUCGUCACCGCCCUGCACGACCUCAAGGUCAAGUGCACCUCGGCCGAGUUCAACCCCUUCAAGGCCCCCGACGGCCAGACCUGCGGCGAGUACAUGCAGCCCUUCUUCGACAACGGCGGCCCCGGUUACCUCGCCAACAACAACACGCAGGACUGCCAGUACUGCGCUUACAAGGUCGGCGACGAGUUUUACACGCCCCUCGGUCUGGAAUUUGACAAUCGCUGGAGGGAUCUGGGUAUCUUCAUCGCGUUCGUCGGAAGUAACUUGAUUAUUCUGUUCGCGGCUAGCAAGUUCCUCAACUUCAACAGAAGAUAA